UAACUUUUUAGGUCUUUGUUCACAGACUCACAGGCUUCAGGGCGCUGGUCGUGAGGAGGAGGAGGCCUGGGAGGCAGCGCGCCUGCUGUGCGGGGUGUGUCUGAGGCUCCUUGAGCCCAACAGCCCGAGAUUGGGAUCCCCGUGCCUCCCGGACUCCUCUCUGCUUACAGCGUCCCCGCAGCCUGACCCCAUUUCACCCUCCAGCCUUGGGGACCGGCCUCUCAGGCCCCGCCGCCCAGGUCCCCGCGCUCAGAAUGGAUAUGAACUUUGAGGACGUGGCCAUUGCCUUCUCUCAGGAAGAAUGGGGGAUCCUUGAUGAGACUCAGAGACUUCUGUACUGCAAUGUGAUGCUGGAAGUGUUUGCACUUGUGUCAUCUGUAGGUUGUUGGCAUAAAAUCGAUGGUGAUGAGGCCUGUUCUGAUCAGAGUGUAGCUAUAAAAGGAGAGUCAAAGGUUAGGGCUUCUAAGACAGCUCCAGCCACCCAGAAGAUCCCUCUGUGUAAGUGGUGUUUCUCUGUGUUAAAAGGUAUUUUGCACCUGACUGGAUCUCAUGUAACAUAUUUUGAGCAGAAAGCCUUCUGUACUGAUGUAUGUGUUGGAGACUUCUGUUUCAGUUCAAAUCCUCAACAGAAACAGAGGAAUGAAUGUGGAGAGGAGCCCUGGAAACAAGCUAUGGACAGGGCUUCCUUUGUGAGCAGUUCCAGCCUCUACUUAUCUACGGUGCCUUCAACCAGCAGGGAGUAUGGGGAAGACUUGCAAUACAACUCUGAUAUUCCUAAGCACCACACCACUAUCAACACUGAGGAGCUACCCUGUGGCCGUGAGAUUUCACAGGAAUUUCACAGGGGAAAAAGUCAUCACCAGUGGGGUGAAUGUGAAAUUGCUGCAAGCCACUACCUGAAAGUUGUUCAGUGCCCGGGUGUGUGUUCUGGAGAACUGCUUUAUGAGUGUAACAAAUGUAGGAAACUUUUUAGACAAAUCUUUAACCUCAAUCGACAUAAGAGAGUUCACACUAGAGAAAAGCUGUAUGAGUGUAGAGAAUGUGGGAAGUCCUUUCGUCGAAGGGCUCACCUCACUGUACACCUCAGAGUUCACACUGGAGAAAAGCUGUAUGACUGCAGAGAAUGUGGGAAGUCCUUUCGUCAAAGUGCUCACCUCACUGAACACGUCAAAGUUCACACUGGAGAGAAGCCAUAUGAGUGUACCUAAUGUGGGAGGUCUUUUAGCCUAAAACAUAACCUUAUUAGACACCUUAGAGUUCACAGUGGUGACAAGCGAUAUGAGUGCUGUGAUUGUGGAAAGUCCUUCAGUGAUAAGUCUUACCUCAAACAACACCAGAGAGUUCACACUGGAGAAAAUCCCUAUAAGUGUAGAGAAUGUGGGAUAUCCUUUUCUCGAAGGGCUCACCUCACUAUACACCUCAGAGUACACAUUGGAGAGAAGAUAUAUGAAUGUACUGAAUGUGGAAUGUCCUUUCCUCAAAGGUAUCGCCUCACUGAACACUUCAGAGUUCACACUGGAGAGAAACCAUAUGAGUGUAGAGAAUGUGGGAAGUCCUUUCAUCGAAGGCCUCACCUCACUAGACACCUCAGAGUUCACACUGGAGAGAAGUCAUGAAUGUACUGAAUGUGGGAAGCUCUUCAGUGACAGAAGUGCACUCAAUAAACACCUCCAAGUUCACACUGGAGAGAAGCCUUAUGAGUGUAGAGAAUGUGGGAUGUCCUUUCGUUGAAGGGCUCACCUCACUAGACACCUCAGAGUUCACACUGGCGAGAAGCCACAUGAGUGUACUGAAUGUGAGAAGUUCUUCAGUGAAAGAAGUACAUUCUUUAAACACCAGAGAGUUCACACUGGAGCAAAGCCAUUUAAUUGUAGAGAAUGUGGGAUGUCCUUUCAUCAAAGGGCUCAGCUCACUGUACACCUCAGAGUUCACACUGGAGAGAAGCCAUAUGAGUGUACUGACUGUGGGAAGUCUUUUAGCCAAAAGUCUAACCUUAUUAAACAUAUCAGAGUUCACAUUGGAGAGAAGUGUUAAAUGUUGACGGAACGUUUUAUUUUUCUCACUUAAAAUAACAACACUGAAGCAAACCCUUUUCCGACCUAUUUUCCUGAAUUUAAACCCCUUUUAAUGGAACAUGCACUCUUCUAGAUUCCUAUAUGUUUCCAGUACAAAUGAAGCUUGAAGGCAGUUCAUUGCCCAGAUCUACUACCCGAUUGAAUUGUGGCUGAAGAGAUUGUACCUCUGCCACCUGGCUCACCUGAAAACUGUGUAUCAGUCCCAACCCCAGCGUGCUCAGGGGAAAUGCAUUCUAUGUUGUCACUUGUGCUUGAGAACAUUAUGAUCCCUCCACUCCUGGCAAGAUCUUCAUUUAUCUCCAAGGAGGUAAUGCACCUGACCCAAGGUUCAUCCAGGGCACCCAUCCUCAGCUAAGAAGUGCUGCCUCUGUCAGGGACAUGUGGUUCUCACAUUAUGCUGUGAUGAAUUGUUCCAGGUUCUAAUUUACCAACCCGCUUUCUGUCAUCUGUUCUGGUUUGUGAUC